AGCAGCAGCAGCAUCCUUGUGCUGACAUCACGCAGGAUGACUGAGCAUCACGAGCAACGCUGCUCCUUAUCAGCCAGUGGAGCUGCACUAAUUCCCAUCAGCCAGUGCGCAGCCUCCUCCUGAACCGUCUCCUUCUACAGGAGGGAUGCAGAGACAGCGCUGAUCCCUACACAUCCCCCCCCUCCCUCCUUCCUUCCCUUCCCCCCGGAGAGAAGGGCACCCAAUCGCCAGGAAUAGAGGAGACCAUGCCGGGGGAUUCCAGGAAAGAGGAUCCGGAGAAAGACGUCAGGGCGAUGCAGGCUGGGACAGGUUUAUCACCGGCUUCUUCUAUAGCUUCAACCCCAUGUAGCGGCUCUGCAACCCCCAAAAGCCUGAGCCCUCUAGAGGAAUCUCCAAUUGUGAGCCCCAUGUGCACCACUGCUGACAAAGCUCUGGUGUCUGCUUUCCUGCAGGCCAAAGAAGGAGACCGGCCUCAACCUGAAGGAGCUAGCAGUGAGUUUCAGCCUGGGCAAGCCACUGGAAUCCUUCACCUGGCCACCGAGGCAGCAGAUAAGGCCCUGGUAUCUCGGGAGCAAGACUUAGAAGAGGCCGCGGAACAUUGCCCCGCUGAGACCCCCUCAACCCUGGACAUGCUCGAUACAAGAAUUGUAAUGGGGGAAGAGACUUCUUGUAGCAACGAGGAAGAAGCGGGGUCUGCCAGCAGGGGGCACAACAUCCUAUCCGAGUACGAGGAAGCUUCUGGGGACACCUUGGAUGAAGCAACAAUGCACUUACGUCACCCUAAAGCUGAAAUGUUGGGGGAGAAUUUGGAGAACGAAAGUAGUGAUCGUGAAGCCAUUGAGUCUCUGGACGAUUUGCACUUUGAAUCUAAUGUAAUGUGUCACGAGUACGUUUUGAAAGGUGGCUUAUUUUCUCAGGGUGAAGCCGUAGUAGCUGAUGUGCCUUCCUUUCUUAAACCCACCAAAGAGUCACCCGGCAGCACUAGAGAGAGUAAUAUUCAUUCAUUACAGAUCAACCCCGCAUGUAUCGCAGAGACAGACCCCUACACCACGGCUCCUUCCACGCCAAUUAAAAGCAUCUACACCCAGUUUAGACACUAUCCCGGUUCCAAAAAUGCUUUACAUGAUGACCAGGUCGAUAUAGAAAAUGACAACAUGUCCUCUCCCCCUACAUCCCCAUCAGGAUCCUACUUCACCGCAGAAGGCGGUAGUUGGGCCUCAUCCGCCACUAGUGGUUCACCAUCAUAUUCCCCCAAUUUGAUGGGCGAGGUUGAAACGGUUGAAUCUCCUAUCCCUUACCCAGAUAACCUGAUGGCCCACGAAGAAAGUAUUCCUGAGGACCCAUGCUGUAUGUCCCCAGAUAUGCUCGAAGAUGAAGAUAUUCCUGAACUCUACGAACGAGAUAUAGAUCCAGACGACUUCUCUCCAGAAAACGAGGAGCUCUUGGAUGGGUAUCCUAGUGACGAACAAUCCAGUGCAGAAGAUGAAGAUGAAUGGGAGACAGAUUUUGCACCAUCUUUUACUAGCAUCCCAUUAUGUCCUGAAUUUAUCAAUGCCAGCAGUACCUUUGUGCAGGAGGUACUACAACAGGCAAGCUGUUCUUCAGAUCCUGAAGGUGCACUGCAAGCCGCAAGCCCAGUAGAACUAUUGAGGGCUAGCAUGCCCGGUCCUGAAAACGAUCACAUGAUUCCGGCUUUCAUGCUGCCUUUCCAGGGAAGUUUGAUUUUCGAAGCAGAGUCCAUGGAGAUCACGUUGUUCCCUCAAGGAGAGACGGUGGAAAGUGAGGUCGUGUGUGGGGAAGCAGAAGAAGAAGAUAAGGAGGACGACAACGAAGAUAGCACCUCGGCUUCCUAUCUGCAUUCCUUAUCCGAAACUUCGAUUAACGAAGGAGUGGAUGAAUCAUUUGCCUAUCAAGAUGACACUUCGGAGUCCUCGGAUUCAGCAUCCUACAAUGCGGAAGAAGAUGAGAAAAAGUACAGCACAGAGCCGUACGCUGUAACGACUGAUUCCACCGCCCAUGCCGACGAAGCUGCGGCUAAAUCCCAACAUGACUCCUCCAAUUCCGGAUGCGAGAGCGAGAUGGAAACAUCUUCCGACAUGUCAGAGACCGAUGAGGAGGGUGCUGUUUAUGAAGCUGUUGACAUCGACUGUGAAGAUGCUGGCGAAAUUGUGGAAAAAAUUGUAGAAGUAACUUCUGGCGUAAACGAAGAUUCUGUCACACUCGAAGAUGAAGAAGAAUUAAAUAGUGAUGAGGAGCAUGGAGAUAGUGUUGCAUCAUAUUCGUUAGCACAAGAUUUUCCACUCUCAGUGUCAAAGGAGUCUUGUACUAUUCAAGACAGUUCAAGUGAACUUGAAGACUCCAGCACCAGCAAUGCACCUCAAGAACCCAUCAGAAGCACCUUAGUUGUAACUUCAGAGCUUGAGCCCCAUUUCGAAAGUCCAGAUUCCUCACAGAGACUAGAAGAAAGACAUGGGGCAAUAAGAACCUGGUCUGACAGCCCAGUAGAACAACAGUCCACAUCAUCGUCAGAAAUGGACCUGGUCCUUAAAGCAGGGAUUGGGAACGUUGGGGAAUGUUUAAUCGCUUGCUUUGACACCGAUGAAGAACUAGACUCUUUUCCACCAUUAAACACGACUCCACAAAGUCUACUGGAUGAAGGCAGAGGAAGAAAUCAAAGCGGAAGGCAGACCUCCUUGGGGGUAAGGCUACCCGAAGAUGGGAAUUAUUUUGCAGCUCAGCGUGAAGAAGAUAUUGAGAAACCACAACAACAGGCAGAAGAAAAUGUGGACUUUGAAGAAAGCAAGAACCUAAAGAUCAUUGAACUCGAAACUCAAGAUACAGCGACCGAGGCUGAAAUAUUACAGGAUGCCCCUUUAGAAGACAUGCCUGAAGAAGAGUGCGUGUUUGCAUGUUACGACUCUGGGGAAGAUUCAGAAGAUGUCAUGUUUCUGGAUCGCUCGUCCAUUCUUGCUGAGAUUUACAGACAACAAGAAGAAGCUGCUAAUUACAUUGCAAACCAGUCAUCUUACAUCAAUGAUUUAAAAAGUCAAGAAGUACAAGCAGACAACACAAAUGCUGAUGAAAGCAUCACAGAAGCAAGUUCUGAAGCAAAUGGCACUUUACAUACCAGUGCCAACGUCCAUGAAAAAUAUCAUACCGAUGAGUUUUCAAUACAAGUUACUGGUGAAACCGAUGAGAUGGAAACAUUGCUGGUUUAUGAUAAGCAUAAAGUAGAAACUUUUGUUUCCACUACUGGCAAGAAAACUUCUAAAUCAAUUGAAGGCAAUGCUCAACAGAGGAACCACCCGGAACAAAACCGACUAAACUGGUCAGAGUCAACCAAUGAAAAUAUGUCUGAAACCAAAAUCAAAGAGAUAGACAAAGCUUCAUCCACACAAACACACCAUGUAACUUCUCAGUCAGCUUGUCCUGAAGAUCAAGCAACAGAGUCUUUCGAAUCCUGGAGAUGUAACAAACACGAAGAGGCAACAGAAAAUGCCCAAACAAUUGGUGAAGUUGAAGGCACUCCCGAAAAAUCUUUUGACUCCUGGAGAGGUAACAGACAUGUAGAGGCAACAGAAAAUGUCCAAACAAUUGGUGAAGUUAAAGUCACUCCCGAAAAAUCUUUUGAAUCCCGGAGAGGUAACAAACACGAAGAGGCAACAGAAAAUGUCCAAACAAUUGGUGAAGUUGAAGACACUCCCAAAAAAUCUUUUGAAUCCCAGGGAGGUAACAAACACGAAGAGGCAACAGAAAAUGUCCAAACAAUUAGUGAAGUUGAAGACACUCCCAAAAAAUCUUUUGAAUCCCGGAGAGGUAACAAACACAAAGAUGCAACAGAAAAUGUCCAAGCAAUUGGUGAAGUUGAAGUCACUCCCGUAAAAUCUUUUGAAUCUCGGAGAGGUAACAAACACGAAGAGGCAACAGAAAAUGUCCAAGCAAUUGGUGAAGUUGAAGUCACUCCCAAAAAAUCUUUUGAAUCCCGGAGAGGUAACAAACACAAAGAGGCAACAGAAAAUGUCCAAGCAAUUGGUGAAGUUGAAGUCAUUCCCAAAAAAUCCUUUGAAUCUCGGAGAGGUAACAAACACAAAGAGGCAACAGAAAAUGUCCAAGCAAUUGGUGAAGUUGAAGUCACUCCCGAAAAAUCUUUUGAAUCUCGGAGAGGUAACAAACACGAAGAGGCAACAGAAAAUGUCCAAGCAAUUGGUGAAGUUGAAGUCACGCCUGAGAAAUCUGUUGAAUCCUGGAGAGAUAACAAACACGAAGAGACAACAGAAACUGCCCAAACAAUUGGUGAAGUUGAAGUCACUCCUGAGAAAUCUGUUGAAUCCUGGAGAGGUAACAAACACAAAGAGGCAACAGAAAAUGCCCAAACAAUUGGUGAAGUUGAAGUCACUCCUGAGAAAUCUGUUGAAUCCCGGAGAGGUAACAAACACGAAGAGACAACAGAAAAUGGCCAAAUAAUUGGUGAAGUUGAAGUCACUUCUGAGAAAUCUGUUGAAUCCUGGAGAGGUAACAAACACGAAGAGACAACAGAAAAUGGCCAAAUAAUUGGUGAAGUUGAAGGCACUCCCAAAAAAUCCUGGAAAGGUAACAAACGUGAAGAGGCAACAGAAAAUGCCCAAAUUAUUGAUGAUGUUGAAGGCACUCCCAAAAAAUCCUGGAAAGGUAACAAACGUGAAGAGGCAACAGAAAAUGCCCAAAUUAUUGGUGACGUUGAAGGCACUCCCGAGGAGUCUUUUGAAUCCUGCAGAGGUAACAAACACAAAGAGGUAACAGAAAAUGCCCAAACAAUUUGUGAAGUUCAAGUCACUCCCAAAAAAUGUCCCUAUUCGUUACAGCCUGACAUUCCGGUUAGUGAUGGAACUUCCAAAGUCAUUCUUCAACAUCAGACGCAGGAAACAUUAUCCAUAGAAAAUGAAAAUUCCACAAAAUUGGAAAUUGAAGUGUCCAAAGAUGAAGAGGAUAGCUCUACUUGCAAAGAACCACAUGGCCAGCAGAGCGCCCUUCAUGGUGACAAACCAAAAUUACAGCAGAACGUUUCCUUGGAUACUGGGCUGAAGAACAAAUCAGUGUAUGAAAGUAAUUUGGAGAUAAUCGGUGAAAAGCAGGAGCCUGCUGUUACCCAAUCAGAACACAAGUUGAGUCAGCUCAGUGAUGGUUAUUUUGCGAGCUGUAACAGGGCAAGUGAAGCUGUGUGUUUAGAAAGCAAGUUUCAGAGUCUUGAGAACCAAGAACCCAUUAUUAAAAAAUCGGUGAAGAAUUUAGACAAGUCCACCCAAGAAGAGUUACCGGUAUUUCCUAGUCGUACAUCAGUACAACCAAAUGCCCCUUUCACUGGACAGAUCGUAGAAAAGGAGCUGCUUGAACCCAUGAAAACCACCCCUUCUAGAAAUGCCAAAGACUCUACAGAUCAAUCAGAGAUCCAUGAGAACCAAACACUUCCCAAACACAAUGUAGAUAAAAACUUUUGUGCUGCUUCUAAACUAGAUACUAAUUAUGACGAUUUCUCGUCAGAGAUGAUUGAUAGGUCAAAGCAAGCUGCUACUAAAACCCCAGAACCAUCCCCACAGUUGGUGGAUACAGAGCCUACGUCAUCUAGCAUCUCGGGACGUGAUGUUCACCCACGGUCUGACAGUGCCUUUUUUGGUGUAGCUUCGAAGCCAGGUAUGCCUACAGUGGAGAUGUCCAACAACAUUCUAGAGAUGAGUAAGUUGCUACAAGGGUCCUUUGGUAAAACCGAGACUUUUGAUCAAUGCAUUCGGUGUAGUUCUUCAGAAGCAAUCACAAGCGUGCCCUCAACAGCCAAGGUUGUAGACAACGUUGAGACCGGUGUGUCAUUGGCUACAUCCAAGGUCAAGGAUGGAGAGUUUUUUGAGCCGAAAAAUUUUAAUACUCUUGAGAAAAAACAAGAGGAAGUUGAAGGAUGUCCAGACAAGCCGGGACUAUCUGAAGAAACAUCUACAGCAUCUAGCUCUGAUAGGAGCCUUCUAGGAAGGGCCUCCAUGGUCUUCAUGAGUGGUAGUACUUCUUCUGAGGAAGAUCAUGCCCAAGAGAGACUUAAGCCAGUAGAGAACAUUUGCUGUGUCAAUGAUUCCUUAUUACGUGAAUCACUAAGGCAACCCAAGGUGUAUAGCACAGAACAGGACAGAUGUGUAAAGAGUAGUUAUUUGAGUGAUUUGAGGACUUCCAAGAAGUCUCAGGCGGAGCAGUUCAGCAGCAAAGCGAAUUACCAGGUCAAGCUGUCGGAAAUGGACAAUGAAUUCCCCCGUUCCACGCAUGUAACCCCCCGUGCCGAAGCUGCAAUGCCUCCUGGCGAAAAGAGUCUGGACACAAUAAAGCCUCGCUCCCCUCUAAGCAAAGUGCCUCCUGCAAAAUCUCCUAACCCCGUACCUGGUGGCAGUCUUCGUGACCAGAAAGUGGUCAGACCUCUGGCUGCCUCUGAAAUGCUGGGAGCCAAAAAGCUUUCCUCUGCGGUUCCAGAAAGCAGCUCUACUGCCGCCCUCCAAAGCUCAGAGACCCCGGUGACUAGCCGGUGCCCCCGAGUCAUUCCACUCCAAGAGAAAGUGGGAAAGAAAAUCCAACUGACCUGCCCCCCAUCUGAGCCCAGUUCAUCCAGCGACAGCGAGCUGACCUCCCGGGGCCAAGAGAUGCCUCUCCUAAGGGACACAUCGGAGGUGACACUUCUGGGCGUCACCAAACCGCUCCUGAGGCAGCGCGGCUGUGAAAUGUUGAGUCAUAGAGGCUCGUGUAAUGACACGGAAAGCAACGACGACUCCCUCCCUGAACUGGAGGAGCCAGACAUGAGUGAGCCCAGGACAUCGUCCAGCCAGGGGACCAUCCAUCUCCCCUCCCCCCUUGUGUCUCCACAGAACCAGCUGGCUCACUGUGUGGGUUCCGGAGAGGAAUGCGUCAGCAAAGCCAAGCAGAGCCGCAGCGAGAAGAAAGCCAGAAAGGCCAUGUCCAAGCUCGGUCUCCGGCAGAUACACGGCGUCACCAGGAUCACCAUCCGGAAAUCCAAGAACAUCCUAUUCGUCAUCACCAAGCCGGACGUCUUCAAGAGUCCAGCAUCCGACAUCUACAUCGUAUUCGGAGAAGCCAAGAUUGAAGACUUAUCACAGCAAGUUCACAAGGCGGCCGCCGAGAAGUUCAAAGUCCCGAUGGAACAUUCGCCGCUCAUCACGGAGAGCGCCCCGACCCUGACCAUCAAAGAGGAGAGCGAGGAGGAGGAGGAGGUUGACGAGAGCGGACUGGAAGUCAGAGACAUCGAGCUGGUGAUGGCGCAGGCCAACGUUUCCCGAGCAAAGGCAGUGCGGGCGCUCCGACACAACAACAACGACAUUGUAAACGCCAUCAUGGAACUGACUAUGUAGCUGCGGGUCAGACUGGACCUCCUCCUCCUCCUCCCCCUCCUCCUCCUCCGAGAACCUUCAAGCCUCUUCUUCCUGCCUCACUCUGUAUAGUGCACAGCUGAUCAUUAACUACCCCUCUGUAUUAGACAUAUACUCCGACUAGGAUGCACCAACUAUGCUGCUCAAUAAACCGUGCUGAUUACAUCCACA